GUCUGCGGCGGCGGGUGUAGUCUGUCCGCCCGCGCACGCGCGCUCCGCCCGCCCUCCGCACACAAGAUGGCCGGACGCCGCGUCUCCGAUUGAUUUUUUUAUUAAAUUCCUCCAAACACAGCAACCGCCGCGACCCGCCGCUCCCGGCUCGGCCGACUCGAAAAUAAGUCGAUCUAUAUAUAACCCGCGGCGCGCGGAAACGUUUCAUGAUUUAUAACCUACCCCCGAGUGCUCCUCCGUGAGAAUCGUGUCGGGCGAGUUAUGUGUGGUCCGCCGUAGGAGCUGCCUCCGUCGUCCCCUGCGAAGAUGAGCGCUAGAAGUGAUGCUACUAGGUCAUAGCGCAUCGACGUCCCCCCGCUAGAACACGCAUGGUGUAUCGGUCGUGGCGCGGUCGGUAACGGUAUCUCGCACGAUGGCGUCGACGUUCGCCGGCUUCGGGCAGGAGUACGUGCCCGUGGCGGAGUUCUACGCCGACAAGUCGGUGUUCGUCACCGGCGGCACGGGGUUCAUGGGCAAGGUGCUGGUUGAAAAACUGCUGCGGAGUUGUCCAAAAAUUAAGAAGAUAUAUCUGUUGAUGCGGCCGAAGCGCGGGCAGGACGUGACGUCACGGCUCAACGAGCUGUUGCAGCUGCCGCUGUUUGAAACUCUUCGUAAAGAGCGGGCCCACGAGCUGAACAAGAUAGUCCCCAUCGUCGGCGACAUCACAGAGCCAGAGCUGGGCAUCAGCCCCGCGGACCAGACCAUGCUGUGUCAGAAGGUGUCGGUGGUGUUUCACUCGGCGGCGACGGUGAAGUUUGACGAGAAGCUCAAGCUGUCGGUCACCAUCAACAUGCUGGGCACGCAGCAGCUCGUGCAGCUCUGCCACCGCAUGCUGGGUCUAGAGGCUCUGAUCCACGUGUCGACGGCGUACUGCAACUGCGAGCGCGAGCGCGUGGAGGAGACGGUGUACGCGCCUCCAGCGCUGCCCGAGCACGUGGUGACCCUGGUGCAGACCCUGCCUGAUGAUCUCGUCGACAGGAUCACACCGGACUUAGUGGGAGACAGGCCUAAUACUUACACGUUCACGAAAGCUCUCGCCGAGGAUAUGCUCAUCAAGGAGUGCGGCAACCUUCCAGUGGCCAUCGUCAGACCAUCUAUUGUGCUGUCGUCUCUACGGGAGCCAGUGAAGGGCUGGGUGGACAACUGGAACGGCCCGAACGGUAUCAUCGCGGCGGUGGGCAAGGGCGUGUUCCGCACCAUGCUGGGCACCGGCUCCAAGGUCGCUGACCUCGUGCCCGUCGACACCGUCAUCAACCUCAUGAUCGUCAGCGCCUGGAGGACCUCGCUCAAGAGAAACGAAGGUGUGCUCGUGUACAACUGCUGCACCGGACAACAGAACCCCAUCACAUGGCAGCUGUUCGUUGAAACUAGUUUCCGGUAUAUGAGGAAACAUCCCUUCAGCGAAGUGAUCUGGUACCCCGGCGGCUCCAUCACCAGCAAUCGUCCAUUGCAUGAGUUCUUGGCUUUCGUACAACAUCGGGUGCCGGCGGUCGUGGCGGAUCUAAUAUCGUGGUUGUCAGGUCGAAAGCCCAUGAUGAUAAAAGUCCAUAACAAAUUAGAAAAGGCCUCGGCGUGUCUGACAUACUUCACGACCCGGCAGUGGUCGUUCGCGGACAACAACGUGCAGGCGCUGUGCGCGGCGCUCUCGCCCGAGGACCGCACCACCUUCGACUUCGACGUAAGGAACAUCGACUGGGAGGCGUACAUCGAGGCGUACGUGCUCGGUAUUAGGAGGUUCCUGUUCAAAGAGGAUCCGAAUACGUUGCCAAAGUCCAGAAAAGUUAUUCGAAGGUUACACAUAGUCCACAUUCUAAUCCAAGUGAUGUCUGUGUUCCUGGUGUGGCGAUUCCUGUUCAGCCGGUCGGCGACGCUGCGCGCGGCGUGGUCGCGGCUGGUGGAGGUGCUGGCGCGCGCGGCGCGGCUGCUCGCCGUCGUCUGAUGUCCGCCGCACUCGUAACGGCGCCCCCCGCUCUGAGCGCGCACCUACGAAUGUGGCUUUUGGAGAAGUUCGGCGCGGAUCGUUCUAGAGUAAACGCGACAAACGCUCGAUGACAAUAUUUAUGUUGACGGCGCCGGCGCGCGGGGAACUGGUCAACCGGUCGACGUAUCGCGUGAUCCGCCCGGCGCUGACUCGGCGCGUUUCGUUGAGCUCCGAUGCACAAUACGCAGUAGUAGUACAAGUGAUCAGAGUUGUGAUUAUUGGUAAGCUUCUAUUGGUGAUAUCGAUUCUCAAAUUUCUUUCUCUCCUGCUGGUGCUCGAUAUUUAUAUAAACGUAGCGAACGUUACCGCGGACCAUCGAAGACGAAGGAGCUACUCGUCGACCGAUACUAAACGAUAAUGGCCUCCACUGUGAUGACGGCUCCGGGCUGUGAUCGCACUGCCACCGAACACUUCGCGACUCAUUUCAGAGGGGUUCAAUCAGAGAUCCAAUCCUAUUUCUACUGUCUCAUCUUCUGUCAUGCGAAAAGUUUGUUUCCGCAUUGAGAAAGCUCCACUUUCUCUUGCCUCACGAUGGAACGAUUUCGACGCAUUUCCCUCUGUAGACUGAUUUUCCCCCACUUCCACCUCCAAGCUUCUCCAAAUACAAACUGUCAAAAGUCACAUUCGUAAGUGAGCGGCGGCCCGGGAGGCCUCCACGUUCGUUCGAGAUUCACUGUUACGUCGCCACGCCGCGCGGCGACGACGUAGGCGUAAGGACACAACGGCAAUUAAUUAAAUUAUGUUUAGAUUUUACUAUAAUAGAUACGUCAAGACUAA